AAAUUAUGGGGUCCACAUGGAGUGCUGAAAGAGGUGCCUUUUGGGAGCUUCAUAGCACUAGUUUCAAUUCAAAGAGUACAAGUUCAAAGAGUGUUGGGUUCUGAGGAAUUUGACAUGGGUGAUGAAGGGAAUUCCUCCGUCAAUUUGCCACCACAGCCAGUGGCAUUCGAGGAGCUUCUCGAAAUAAUUACAUUUAAAUUGGCCGGAGCAGGAAGCUAUCGUCAUCUGUUCAAAGCUAGACAACCGUUUUCUGACUUCUUGACAGGGCAGAGAGAAAGGGUAGUGUGGCAGCCUGUGCCCCCUACCAAAAUCUAGGGAGGCCGGCCAGUGGGCACGGGCUCAGGCCUGUCAGGUGAGACCUGACCUGAGAUUGGUCAUCUCAGCCAGGCAGGCCAUGAAGGAAUCCUGAUGUCCAUGGGCUAGGGUUCCUGGGAGCACCCUCCUUAGUGGGGCUUUCCCUACCCUCUACCCCACCACCUCUGGUGUUUUGGGGCUUGGUACGACCCACUCUUGCACCCGUUUCCUUUAUAAAUCCAUCCCCCCAGUCUGUACAUGCCAGUACACUGUUUCAAGACACCAGGGGGGACAACAUGAGUUUGACACCUCUCUCAGAGAACCUGGCAGCAUGGAAACUUCUGCCAGGUGUCUCUCAGUGGGACCUAGAUACCAUAAAGAAAGGGUACAGGAUCCAGUUUGCCACCCAUCCCCCUCAAUUUCAGGCACACACCAAACUUUGUUCCUCCAAGAGGGACUUCUCUCCCUUCUGAGAAAAGGGGCCAUAGAGCAUGUUCCCCUUCCAGAUCGGGAUUCAGACUUUUACAGCUGGUAUUUUGUUGUACCCAAGAGAGACAGGGGGCUGCUUCCAGUUUUGGACCUGCGAGCUCUGAACUCUGCCCUAAAGAAGUUCAAGUUCAAGAUGCUCACUACAAAACUGAUUGCAUCACAGAUCAGAUCUGAGGACUUGUUUGUGAUGAUAGACCUCAAGGAUGCCUAUUUUUAUAUAGGCCAGAACACAGGAAGUUCCUCUGGUUUGCUUUCGGUGGCGAAGCUUACCAGUAUCAGGUUUGUCCUCUUGGUCUAGCUGUCCGUGUACUCAAUUACCUGGAUGACUGGCUUAUCCUGGCCCACUCCAAGGCCAUGGCAGUCACCAGGAUGCAGUACUUGCCCUAUGAGGUCUGUAGGCCUCAGGAUCAACCCAGAAAAGUUUGUGCUUUCUCCAUAUCAGAUAACCACCUUCUUGGGGGUGAUUUGGGAUUCCACCACGAUGCGGGCAUGUCUAUAUAACUGCUCGGGUGACUUCCAUACUGUCAGUAGUAAUUGUUGUUUGGCUAGACCGAAACCUCUCUGUCACCGAGGCGCAGAGAGUCCUCAGCCUCAUGGCAGCUGCAGCCAACGUGAUUCCUUUGGGUCUGCUUCACAUGAGUCCGUUCCAGUUCUGGCUCAGAGGUGCGGGCUUCCAUCCUCACAGGCAUCCCCUCAACGCCAUCAGGGUUAUACGCUGCGGGCUUACGCUGUACCCUACUAAUGUGGACAAGACCCUGGUUUCUGGCCUUGGGUCCCACUCUAGGGGCGUGUCACCAUCUCAGGACUCUUUCGAUGGACGCCUCACUUUUGGGCUGGGGUGCAGUCUUGGAUGGCUGCCCUGCCUAGGGUCUUUGGGAAGGCCCUCAACUCUCAUGGCACAUAAAUUGCCUGGAGAUGAGGGCUGUGUUUCUAGCUCUGAAACACCUUCUCCCACACCUCAUGGGCUUCCUUGUGCUGGUACACACAGACAGCACCACAGUGGCUGCUUAUAUCAACCAUCAGGGUGGACUGUAUUUGCGCCCUCUCUAAACAUUGGUGCAGCAGAUCCUGCUCUGCUCCAACAAGUCCUAGCCAGAGUGCACCACGAUGGGGUACACCUUAUUCUAGUGGCUACCCUCUGGCCCGCUCGAGUUUGGUUCACAGACCUUGUCUCCCUCCUAGACACCGCUCCUUGGAAGAUUCCCAUCAGGAAAGAUCUCCUCUCUGAGGCAUGAGGGGUGAUUCUCCACCCCCGCCCAGGGAUGUGUAAGCUCUGGGUCUGGCCCCUGAGGGGGACCAGUUCCUAGAGGCAGGCCUCUCAUCACAGGUUGUGGAGACUCUGCUGAAUGCUAGGGCUCCCUCCACUAGGAAGCUUUAUGCUCUUAAGUGGAGACUUUUUAGUCUCUGGUGUGCUCAGUGCGAGCAGGACCUAGUGCACUGCACAGUGCUGGGUUUCCUACAGUCUUCUCUUUCUUAGGGCCUGUCCCCCUCUACCGUAAAGGUGUAUGUGGCCGCCAUUGCUGCGAACCUUGUCCUUGGGGCCUCCCUAGGUAGGCACCCUCUGGUCUCUCGCUUUCUGCGGGGUGCCAGGCAGCUGAGGCCUUCCUGCAGACUGCACCUCCCCUUCUGAAACCUCUCAGUGGUCCUGGACGGGUUGCUGGAAACCCCCUUGAGCUCAUGGAGUCAGCCUCAGAGAAUUUUCUGACCCUUAAUAUGGCUCUAGCCUAUGCUUAGUAUGGUUCUAGGCUUUUAGCCUUGGCCUCCCUUAGACGGGUAGGGGAUCUGCAGGCUCUAUCAGUCGUACCUGCCUGCCUGGAGUUUGCCCCUGGCAUGUCCAAGGCUAUCUUUCACCCCAGGGCUGGAUGUCCCAAAGGUGUCCAGGAUGCCUGGUCGUCCAGUCAUACUGCAGGCCUUCUGCCUUCUGCCCCAUGACUUGGUGUAACAGGAGAGGCUGCACUUGCUCUGCCCAGUCAGAGCCCUUUAGACUUAUGUCCACUGCUCCACCUCGUGGCGUAAGUCUCCAUCCUUGUUUGUCUGCUUUGGGAGCUGGAACAAGGUUAAUCUGGUCUCCAAGCAGAGCUUGGCACACUGGGUGGUAAAGGACAUUACUCUGGCCUACGAGGCACAUGGUAUUGCUUUGCCUCUAGGGGUCAGGACUCACUCUACUAGGGGUGUCUCCUCAUCCAAUGCCCUGGCUAGGGGUGUUCCCCUCCAGAAGAUUUGUGCUGUCCUGUCUGCACACCUUUGUCAGGUUUGACCAUUGUGUGGCGUCCUUUUGCACUUCCUUCCGACAAAGGAAAGCUGAAUGAAUGUUAUGUAGAUGCCCUUAUAUGGACAUGCUGGCGCGCAUUCCUCCGUCACGUGUCCUAUCUGAGCCAAUGAAUUGGCGUGUGUGCACAGGGAGCUUCAGACACACAUCCUCGACAAAGUGUUCCCAUAGUGUCAGUCAUAACGCAGCAUCUCGUUCCCUUCUCAGGGAACAGGGUUACUUAUGUAACCUGUUGUAGAUUUGUCUCAUCUGUCCAAAGGACAUUCUCCCAGAAGCUUUGUGGCUUGUCAAUAUGCAUUUUUCCAAAUUCCAGUCUCACUUUUUUAUGAUUUGCUUUCAACAGUAGAGUCUUCCACUUUGGCUCAAACAGUGACGGAUGGCGCAAUCUGACACUGAUGUACCUUGACCUCUAAUCUCUCUGGUUACCAUUUGUAUCAUCUGUCUCUUCAAUUUGUCAUCUAUUUUCCUUUUCGGCCAUGUCCAAGGAGGUUGUCCACAGUCCCAUUGACCUUAAACUUCUGAAUAUGUGCAAGUGUAGUCACAGGAACAUCAAGCUGCUCGGAGAUGGUCUUAUAGCCUUUACCUUCAACAUGCUUAUCUAUAAUUUUCCUUCUAAUUUCCUGAGACAACUCCCUCCUUAGCUUCCUGUGCUCCAUGUUCAGUGUGGGGCACACCAUGAUACCAAACAUUACAGUGACUACUUUUCACUGUUUAAAUAGGCAGACUGACUUAUUACAAGUUGAAGACACCUGUGAUGCUAAUUACAGGACACAUAAUUAGUUUAAUAUGUCCCUAUGGUCAAAUUAUUUUCAUUUCUAGGGGAACCAUCAUUUUUGUCUAGGCCUGUUUCAUUAACUUGUUUUUGUAAAUCGUUCUGUUGAACCACAAUUCAAAUGCAAUGUCUGAUUUUCAUACGUCAAGUUUCAGUAAAUUUUUAUAUAUUACCUUUGUCAGUUUCAAGUUGUCAGUGAACAUUGUGGGUUUUUCUUUUUUUAAUGGAUGGUGGCCAACAAUUUUGUCCAUGUGUGUAUGUAGGCAUUGCACAAGGUUAUAAAGCCAGUAUUGCCCACUUUAAACGCAUCACAAGUUCACGUUUACUGCAAAAGCCGACAAGCACCCGUGUCGUUUGUGAGCAAAAACUGGUAAGUCCAUUUUAGCGAGUCAGCGCGCAGUAUUCAGUUCAGCUGACCAGGCUGCUAGUCACUUCGGAAAGACACACUUGAUGAGAGGAGUUUCACUGAACCAGACUAAGUGUUCAAGUAUGGAUAAUUUUGACGGACUUGAUGAACCUGUGAUAUAUUCUUCAGGGCGUAAAAGGAAAAAAACUGAAAUUUUUUGACGGAACAUUGCUAAAGCAGCACAUUACAGUGGUGAAAGGAAAGCUUUCUGUAUUUCGUGUGUAACUGAGCUUCCAUAUCGGGAGAGAGAGAAUUAUGGCGUGUAUUUCAUCAAAACCGAUUUUGACAGGUCUGACAGCCAAUCAGAAUCGUCCACGUCACAUUGUCCCGCCCCUUUCAACCAAUCAGAAUUGUUCAUGUCACAUUGUCCCGCCCCUUUUCAACCAAUCCGAAAAACGUAUCCGCCACAUUAUCCCGCCUCCUUCUCAACCAAUCAGAAAAACGUAUCCGUCACAAUAUCCUGCCCCACUUUCAUCCGAUGAGGAUGUUUGAUGGGGUGGGGUACAUAUGAUAUGACAUAUUGAAUAAGUUUAUGUCCAGAAUAUUCCUUUAGUCAGCGUUGGGUCCCCCAAGUGGAUUCACAACUUAGAGGAUCUGACAGAGGGUACAGAACUUCUACGCUCUCCAAUCUAUCAUUUUAGAGAUCACGGACCUUUCUGCAGAACAAGUUCGGGCUAUACAUAUCUGGCAGUAGUGUCUAGGAAAUCGAGAUCAAUCAGCAAUAGAUAACAGCGAAGUGAUUAUUUCAGAUGGCGAGUGUUUUAAAACAUCAACGUAAUUUACAUGUCACAACAAUUUGGGGGCAGCCUGCCGCUUGGGCCACAUCCGUGACCUAAGCCAAUUCCUCGAAUUACGGAACAAGGAGAAGAAGAAGAAGACAUAGGUCACGUUUUCGACGGGGGAGAAAAUAACGUCGAUCAAGCGGCUACAUAUCCUGAGGAGUGUUUCAUCACAUUGAAUGGAUUCUUUCGACUAAGAGACGAAAAAUUUGGAAGCUUUGAACGUCUGUUUAUUACACUUCAGGUAUUGAACAUCUUCAAUCAUUAUAUGAUACUCUUGAUUGUCUGAAUAGCUGUGAUGCUGUGAAUAUAGAGUUGAUAAAAAGAUUUCACAUUAGACAUGGCGCAGAAGCGGGUGAAUCUCACACAGUCUUCAGGGGCUAAGAAAAUACGUGGUGAAAAUAAUCUACCGUCUUGUGAUUUCGGUUUUGAUGAAACUUUUUCUAGUAGUUUGUCACAUCACAACUCAUGCACAACUCUGAACCCCUAUUUAACAGACGCUAUCGACCGGUUAAACGAGAGUUUAGGACCAUCACAGCAGCUUGUUAGACAGACCCCUAUUACAGAUUAUAGUGACAUCAUUACACCCGAGACACAACAACGUGACAUAAUCAGUGAACUUAACCAGACUCUGUUAGCAUUACAGAAUAGUCUAAAUGAACAAGGUUACUCUACACAGUCGAAUCCCUCAUUAAUAGAUGCUGUUAACCAGUUGAAUGUUAGUCUAAGAAGUCCUGAGCCGGUUAAUACCCAAUUAGAGCAUUCCAAUCAUAAUUCAGAUCAUAAUGUAUCAAUUACACCACAUACUCAACACGACAUAUUCAGUGAACUUAACCAGAGUCUGCUAGCAUUACAGAAUAGUCUAAAUGAACAAGGUUACUCUACCCCCUUGAAUCCUGAGUUAUUAGAUGCGGUUAAUCAAUUAAAUGACAGUUUGGCUUUAGCCACAGAUCAAAACAUCAACGAGGUCCCUACUUCAGAAAUCGAACAUAAUCAUACACCGUUAUCUCCACAUGAUCUGUUUCAUGAUCUUAACCAAAGCCUCGUUAUGUUAAAUGAGGGUUUUGUAAACUUUUUCGAUACCGUUGCUUCACAAAACAUUCAAACUGUAAAUGAACACAGGACUGAAACAGUAAAUGAUCAGUCUCCUAAUGUAGAAGACGUGCAAACAGCUGACACUGAGAACAUAAACCCCCAAAGCUGUAUUGACGUGCGAAUAUCUGGCGGUGUUAACAUACAACCCCCUAGUGUUGAAAGCAUGCAAUUAGAUAAUGACGAGAACCUAGCCCCUCCUAAUGUAGAAAACAUGCGAACAGAUAACGUCGAGAACAUAGCCCCUCCUAACGUGGAAAACGUGCAAGCUGGUAACGUCGAGAACAUACCCCCUCCUAACGUAGAAAACGUGCAAGCUGGUAACGGGAUUGAUCCUAAUAUUAGAAUAAUUAAUCGCGACCGAUUCAAUAAUACUGAAAUUAGGAGAAGAGUACAUUUUUCAUCGAUCGCAGCUGUAGACAGCUUUGCGGAUUUUUAUAAUUAUGUUUUAGAAAUCUUAAACAGUCUGAUAGAAGUGGCUAAUGAAAUGAUUUCACCAAAGGACAUAGUAACGGUUGAAAUUAGAGGUGAUACGAUCGACGUUUCUUCACGUAUUCAUCUAGUUAAUGGGUCUGUUGAUUUACAGUCUUUUCUGACCAUGCUUGAAAAUUCUAUUCAAAGUAAACGUGAAAUUUUUUCAGAUGACACACUCGAAAUAGUAAUCCAAAUAGUUCGACCACCUCGUGGUGGUUCAUAUAGAAGGAAGAUUAGUACAUUAUUCACUUCGGAAGCUAUACAGAAGAAGAUGAGACAUCUGUAUAUAUUUCAUAAUAAAUACAUGUGUUUUACACUGUGUGUUACACAACUUUUGAACCCUCAAAAUAAUGACCUUCAAACUGAAAAAAUCGCUAGGCAAAUCCUCCGUGAUGUAGGAUUAACUGAAAACACAGCUGUCACAUCUGCUGAUGUAUCUAAAUUUGAGAAGCAUCUGAAGUGUAAAAUUGUAAUCAUACACCGUUCUGACAACAAAGCCGGCUACUCUUUCUUUCAAACCAGCAGAACCCCCCAUAAAAAAACAAUUUACUUGUUCUUACAUGACAAUCAUUAUUACGGUGUUAAAAGCAUUACAGGACUUUUGGGGCGUAGUUAUGUCUGUCGUUUCUGUCAUUCAGGGUAUGAGAAUGCCAGAGCUCACAAGUGUGAGUUUAGCUGUAACAUUUGUCGUGAUGUAGAAUGCUACAAUCAUAGACAGAGUAUAAUUAAAUGUCCUGAUUGUUUGAGGUUGUGUAAGUCAAAACGUUGUUUCGACAUACAUAAAGUAAAACGCCGGUCAGAAAGAGGUGUAUACUCUCUGUGUGAAACAGGGUUCUAUUGCAGCAUGCGUAAUGUCGUAGAGUAUCGGAACCCCUUUAACCGGAGAGAUCAUGUGUGCUUAGAGAGCCGUUGUGAUCUCUGUGGUGAAAAAGUGGAUUCAGAAAUAUCGCAUUUCUGUUAUAUACAGCCGUUAAGGAAAGAAAAGCAGAAUAUGAGACACAUCUUUUAUGAUUUCGAGACUACACAGGAAACCGGAACUCAUACUGCUAAUUUAAUAUGUUGCAUGAAUUGUCGUGGUAUGUCGUGGGCGUUUGAAGGGGAGGGGUGUGUUGCAGCAUUUUUUAAGGCUUUCCGUCGUAAAAAGUACAGAGGGUACACAUUUAUAGCGCAUAACCCUAGAGGGUUCGAUUCAUACAUUUUGUUGAAUCAUUUAGUGAAAGAAGGAAUCGCCCCUGAUAUCAUUGCACAAGGUGGAAAAAUUCUGUGUUUUUCUGAUACAGAUUUUCGACAGAGAUACAUCGAUAGUCUGUCUUUCUCACCCAUGAAGUUAAGUAAUCUUCCUAAAGCCAUGGGGUUCUCAGAAAAAAAGAAAGGUUAUUUUCCGCAUUUCUGGAACACAAAAGAACACCAAGACUACAUAGGUCCAUAUCCUGAGCCCGAGCUUUACGGUGUGGAUAGCAUGAUGCCUAAGGACAGGGAGGAUUUUUUUUAUGUGGUACGCGACCGUGACUGACAAAGUCUUUAAUAAUUUAAGACAUUCUGAGACAGGGGACAUGUUUAGCUUUCAGAAAUGAAAUUCUAGAAAGUACAGAAGUUGAUCCCUUUAAAUGUAUAACAAUUGCAUCUGUAUGCUUGAAAAUCUUCCGGACAUUAUUUCUCGAUGAACACACACUAGCUAUCCCACUACUAGAUAAUUACAUCAAUAACCAGAAAUCUUUCUCAACACCAUCCAUUCAGUGGCUUGAAUACAUUUCCACCACACAAAACCUCCCCAUUCAACACGCUCUGAACGAAGGUGAAGCAACAUUUGGCCUUUAUUCUGUUGAUGGGUAUUGUGAAGUGAUGCGAAAGGCAUUCGAGUUUCUCGGCUGUUUUUAUCAUGGGUGUGAAAAGUGUUAUCCCUCAACGGCCCCUUUCCCCCUUAACGCCAACUUUAGCUACGGGGAUGUCCGUCAAAAAACAUUGGAGAAGUAUUUGCAAGAGGUACGCAAUUUACAUGUCACAACAAUUUGGGAGCAUGAGUGGAGUGAAAUGAAGAAAUGUGAUAACAACGUGGUAAACUUUCUAAAAGAGUUUGACUUUCCAGAGCGCAUAAACCCCCGAGACGCCCUUUACGGCGGUAGAACCAACGCAUUGCAUUUACAUUACACAGUAAAAGCAGGAGAGAGAAUAGAUUAUUAUGAUUUCACUUCUCUUUAUCCCUACGUGAAUAAGACAAAAACCUACCCAAUCGGUCACCCAGUCAUCAUUUACCGUGACUUUGAACCUCUAGAGAAUUAUUUUGGGAUAAUCAGAGCUAAAGUAUUACCGCCUAGAGGUCUGUGGUCUCCUGUUCUUCCUUACAGGGUAAGAAGCAAACUUCUUUUCCCUCUGUGUAAAACAUGCUGUGAGCAACAACUGCAAAAGCAGUGUCGCCAUUCAGAUCAAGACCGAGCUCUUAUCGGAACUUGGGCACCUGUCGAAAUAGCUAAGGCCAUUGAAAAGGGGUACAAAAUUUUGAAAGUGUUUGAGGUUUGGCACUUCCCCAAAACCAGGUAAUGCUAACGUAUUCAUCGGAAUUUUUUCACUACAGCAUAUGCGAGACUAGAACUGUAUGAUCUGUUGGAUCGUUUAAAACAGCGUUGUUUAUACACAGACACAGACAGCGUCAUUUUUAAAAGCAGUGAAGGUGAUUGGAUGCCUCCAUUGAGCGAUUAUUUGGGGGGUCUUACCAGCGAGCUAGAGGAUGGUGAUCAUAUUGUCGAGUUUGUCAGUGCUGGUCCUAAAACCUAUGGGUAUAAAACUAAAAACGGAAAAACAUCUAUGAAAGCAAAAGGCAUCACUUUAAAUUACUCCAAUUCAAAAGUUGUCAAUUUGAAAUCGCUUACUGAGCUGGUGGAUGAUCGAGUGAAGAAUCCUGAUAAAAUCGGUCAUCUUACAACAUUGCACAAACAAAUCAUUCGAGAUAAAAAGGGUUUUCAUUUGAGAAAUCAAACACAAAUAAAAAGAUUCAGAGUUGUGUAUGACAAACGUGUUUUAUAACCUGAUUUUACAACUCUCCCUUACGGUUAUUAAGAUUGUUCGUGCUUAUGAUUGUAUAUAUGUAUAAUAAAAAGAUCAUUUGUUUUAUUACCUGAAAUUACAACUCUCACUUAUGAGAGUUCUAUGUAUGUAUAAUAAAAAGAUCAUUUUGAUUGAUUCUGUCAACCUGACCACUAGCCAUGGAUAACAUGAAUGUGACUACUUUUGAUGCGAGAUUGCAAAUGCCAUUUUCAUGUAUUGUGUGUGGACCAAGUAAUAGCGGUAAAUCUUUUUUUAUCAAACUUUUGCUGGAAAACAGUAAAGAAGUGUUGUCAAAAGUACCUGAAAAUAUCAUGUGGAUUUAUUCUUGUUGGCAACCAUUGUAUGAUGAGUUGAUGACCAAAAUAAACAUAAAAUUUCUUCAAGGAAUACCCGAUUCAUUGUGUGAUGAUGAACUUUUACCUACUAACAAGACAAACUUGUUGGUGAUAGAUGAUUUAAUGGAGUCUGCCAGUAAAAACGAGGAAGUAGAGAAGGCAUUCACAAAAUACACACACCACAGAAAUCUAAGUGUUGUCUAUCUGGUACAGAAUUUGUUUUUUCAAGGAAAAAGUAGUAGAACCAUUAACUUAAACACAAAUUAUAUGAUUCUUUUUAAAAAUCCUAGAGAUAAAUUACAAAUCAGCAUACUAGCUCGGCAAAUGUAUCCAGAUAAUAGCAAAUAUUUUCUGGAAAGUUUUCACGAUGCUACAAUUAAACCUUACGGUUAUUUAUUUGUCGAUUUAAAAGCUAAUACGCCAGAAGACUUUAGACUACGGUCUGGGGUGUUUCCGCAAGAAACCCCGGUUGUGUAUAUCAGUCUACAGUUCGUUGUCCCCUGUUUUUAAUUCCCCAAUUCUCCCCCCCUCUGAAUGGAUUGAUUUUUGAAAUGA